AUGUCGCAAGAACACAGAGAGACACCUACUAUGUAUAAUUCUGAACCUCUUAUGGCCGAUCUGUUGGAGAGCUCCGCUAGGCGCUACUCGAACUCUUUGGACCUACCUGUGGCUUUGCCAGACUCAGACAUUGCUUCAAUGCCUCUUUCCCAAUCUCAACCAGCCCCGCUGCCUGGACUCGUUGAAUCGCCAGACCCAUUCUUAGGCGAGACUCUCCCCGGGAAUCAGCCAGAAACUGCAGUUCCCCUCUAUGUACCUGAUUAUCUUCAGUUCCCCAUACAGAACCAGAUGAUCUAUUCGAAUCCCGGCCACCCAAUCCCAAAUGCAGAUUUCCCUGCCUGGUUAGAACUGUCAACUGCAGAAGUCGUCAGCCGUCAAUUUGCAGCACAAUCAAUCCCGUCUCCGGAAACACGCAUUCACACCCUACGGUCUCGAGACCUCGUUGAACGCUUCUUUGACCUCCCGGAAACACAGCAGAGGUAUAUCAUCGGUAGGGCUCUUGGAUCCCAAGAGGCAUCCAUUCUGGAGUUGAACCAAAUGGAUCAGUCGGUGCUGGAAGCGUGCGUCUCAUUGGCCGAAAUGUCAAUCGAAGCGCCGCACUCCAAAUCUCCCCAAAGCUCUCUGGAUAACGUGGUAGCUGCCUUACUCACACGCGUUCCUUACCCUCGAGCAACAGGCUCGAGUCGGGGGAGUCGCAAUGGGUGUCAGCAAUGGGAUUGCAACUGGCCAAACUGUACAUACAACAACAAGCGCCAUCCCAAUGCGGUCAACCACGUUUACACGCACUGCGUACUCUUCCGCUAUGCUAUGAGCGUUUCCAAUCGUGAGCUCAUACCGUCUCCCAGACUGAGGAGCAAAUCUCUGGUACGCGGUUUGCCCACGCAGGAGCUCCGUGUCGCAUCGUUGAUCUAUUGGAAUCCAGAGUUCAAGGAGGCCUUUUCGUUGUUCGACAAAGAUGGAGAUGGAACAAUCACAACUCGUGAACUUGGAACUGUAAUGCGAUCUUUGGGACAGAACCCCACCGAAGCCGAGCUCCAAGACAUGAUCAACGAAGUUGAUGCGGACAGUAACGGCACAGUCGACUUUCCAGAGUUCCUCACCAUGAUGGCACGAAAGAUGAAGGAUACCGACUCGGAAGAGGAGAUCAAAGAGGCCUUUAAAGUCUUUGACAAGGAUGGAAAUGGAUAUAUCUCGAGUGCUGAGCUGCGACAUGUCAUGCUGAACCUCGGAGAGAAACUUACCGACUCGGAGGUCGAUGAAAUGAUUCGGGAAGCAGAUGUUGACGGUGAUGGUCAAAUUAACUACGAAGAAUUCGUCAAGGAGGCGUUUGCUCUCUUCGACAAGGAUGGCGAUGGAACUAUCACCACGAAGGAACUCGGAACCGUGAUGCGCUCUCUCGGCCAAAACCCAUCAGAUUCUGAACUUCAGGACAUGAUCAACGAGGUCGACGCCGACGGAAAUGGAACGAUAGAUUUCAAAGAGUUUCUGACGAUGAUGGCCAAGAAGCUCAAGGAUGGUGAUCGGGAGGAGGAGAUUCGCCAGGCGUUCAAAGUAUUUGACAAGAACGGCGACGGAUUUGUGACUCUCUCUGAGUUGGGCCAGGUUAUGGAGAACCUCGGCGAGAAAUUGUCAAAGGCAGAAUUGUCGGAGAUGAUGAAAGAGGCGGACACCAAUGGAGACGGAAAAAUUGAUUAUGCCGAAUUUGUCAAGAUGAUGCUAGGCGACAAGUAG